CCGCUUUGGGGAGGGAAAGCGCUGCGAACCGCCUGGCCCGAGCAGUGAAAGGGGAAAGUGGUGCGGGGCGAGGGACGAGCAAAACUAACAAGCAGCGCUAGAGCGUCCCGCGGGUGGGAGGAAUAAGCCCGGAGAUCGGGUGCUCGCAGGGCUUGUUGGGCGCUUCGCUUGAAUUUCUUGCCAAUGGCCAAAGGAGAAGGAGCAGAAAGCUUGUCAACCGCGGGACUUUUGCAGCAAAGCAUCUUAAAACCAGAGGAAUUGAUUCGUCCCAAGAAAGAAAGCAAAAAAAAGCUGUCAGUAUGCAGCAAAGUGUGUUACGCCAUCGGAGGAGCACCGUACCAGAUCACCGGCUGUGCCUUGGGUUUCUUCCUGCAGAUCUACUUGUUGGAUGUGGCACAGCUGGACCCUUUCUCUGCAUCCAUCAUCCUUUUUGUGGGCCGGGCAUGGGAUGCUGUUACUGACCCGCUAGUGGGCUUCUUCCUCAGUAAGACAUCAUGGAGUCGCAUGGGACGCCUGAUGCCCUGGAUUGUAUUUUCUACUCCUUUUGCUGUGAUCUCCUAUUUCCUGAUAUGGUUUGUGCCAGACGUCUCUCAAGGGCAAGUGAUGUGGUACCUCUUCUUCUACUGCAUCUUCCAGACUCUGGUGACGUGCUUCCAUGUGCCCUACUCGGCCCUCACCAUGUUCAUUAGCAGAGAGCAGAGUGAGCGAGAUUCUGCCACUGCCUACCGCAUGACGGUGGAAGUGCUGGGGACUGUCCUGGGAACCGCCGUCCAAGGGCAGAUCGUGGGCAAAGCGGACACACCGUGCAUUCCAGACCCUCUCCUGUUGCCGGUGCUCAACUCUUCUUCCGUCGCCGUGGGGGAGCUCAACAUCACCCAUGACACCGGCUCGCUCACAGAUACGAGGAACGCCUACAUGCUCGCAGCCGGGGUCAUCGGUGGAAUAUACAUCCUCUGUGCUGCCAUUCUCUUUGCCGGCGUGCGGGAGAGACGAGAAUCCUCAGAGCUCCAUCUGGACAAGCCGGCUUCCUUCUUCCAGGGCUUGAAGCUGGUGAUGAAGCAUGGCCCCUACAUCAAGCUGAUUGCUGCCUUUCUCUUUACCUCCUUGGCUUUCAUGCUUCUGGAAGGCAACUUCGCUCUGUUCUGCACGUACACCUUGGGGUUCCGGAAUGAGUUCCAGAACGUUCUGCUUGCCAUCAUGCUCUCUGCCACUUUGACCAUCCCUUUCUGGCAGUGGUUUCUAACGCGUUUUGGAAAGAAAACGGCUGUCUACAUUGGUAUCUCGGUAAGUCAACGUCCUCAAGAGGCGAUGCAGGUUUGGUCCAUGAGUAUGCCUCUGUUGCAAAGCCUCCCAGGAAAACUUGGAAGGGCGCUAACACCUGUCGGGUUCUGGGCAGCUUCAGGACUCCUCGUGCUGGCCAAAUGCCAGACCAACCGCCCUGGAAGUUGCAGGAUCCCUCCCGGGCUCGAUUGCAGCUGCCAGGGCCUUCACCCACGCCGCCUGGGGGCCCUGGGAAAGAGCUGCUGA